AUACCGUAUAUAACAUAUGAUACAGUUUCCUUCUUCCAAAGUAUUGACAUCUCAGUCAGCUGAUCUGUCAAAAGUGGCUGUCAUUAAAUUAAUAACAAUUGAUUCGUCCUUAAUAUGUAUAAUUAAGAUAAACUCCAAUCAAACGUAUUACUAAAAUGUCCAAUUAAACAGUCGCAAACAUGAAUUUGCAUCAAAUAGUCAGCGGUGCCUGCAACGCUGGCGACAAAUGCUUCGCAGUUGGAUCCGUGGAAGGUGUACCGUUCACAGCGUACGCCGCAGGAUGCAACAUCGUAAUAUUGGCGUCCACGUUCGAAAGGGUGCAGAUUAUCCCUGGAGCAGUGCACGAUUACAUUCGUAUUAGUUCAGUGGAUUGUUCCAGUGAUACAGGCAAGAUUGCUGCUGCUUACGAUAAUACCGUGUGUAUUUAUGAGCCCACACCUCUAAUUCACAAUAAUUCAACACAUGGUCUGGACUACAGAUGGGUUCAAACAGGCACCCUGAAAACCGACUCCCCAAUUCGUGCCCUGAGCUGGAACUUGGAGGGCACCCGUCUGCUGACCGCCGGCACCCACGUCCAACUGUGGCACCUGAAGACGCAGGUCGAAGACGAGGAACCGGCUGUCACAUUCACUUUAGGUGGAGAGAACACCGACCAGGACUUGGGUGACGAACCAGACAAACCACAAGAACAAGAACAAACUCAGUGGCAAUGUGUGUGGAAAGCUAACACUGCUAUUCCUGUGCAACACUUGGCGUUCAGUCCUGAUGGCACACUCUUUGCGACCUGUGGUGAGAAUGAUAGGUUGGUCAAAAUCUGGUACGAGAACAAACACUUUAUAUUUACGUCAAAAAGCCACGAUGGGGCUGUCGAUUUGGAGUAUGGAUUCGUUUAUAUUGCUCACCCCAGAGCUGUCACACAUUUAUCAUGGAGAACAACUAGUAAAUAUAUGCCAAAGGGGUCAGUCUCAAACAUGCUGGUGACGUCCUGCAAGGACAACAUAUGUCGCCUGUGGGUGGAGACGGUGUUGCCGGAAGACGGACUGGUGAACCUGUCGCAGCUCGAUCCGCAGGCCCACCACCCGAAAUUCCGGACCCACCGUCACAAGCACCGGUUCAUGCAGCGGCUGAAGCACAUGAAAACUUGUUUUCACAUCAGAAGACACGCGAAGAACCAGGCCCAAGGUUUUGCGGGUCCCUCGCCGCCCAUUCCCACUUUACCAUCCACUUAUAGUGUGCAUGAUUUUCAUUCUUAUGGCUACCAUGGAACCGGAGUUACACCAGGACUCCACUUUCACUUGGCGGCGUCGGUGAAUGCCGAAACUGACAUACCCCUGGUGCCAAGCAUCAGCUACUGCAACCCUAAGCCAGCUUUCGUCCUUCACUGGUUGGACAACAAAGAAAUGCAGUUUAACUUACAAGCCGAACUGUUUUUGGAAGAAUUUGCGAGGCCCGUGGUCGAAAAUCCCGAGUCGGAAGAUGAGCCACUGAUGGAAUCAUCCAGUGGUACAGACGGCGUGGACGCAAGAAUUGAAAAUUUCCUCAGAGAUUGGCACCACAGUCCCGAUUUACUCUUCAGUAUUCACCCAGUUGAUGGAAGCUUCUUAAUUUGGGUGGUUGAAUGGUUAGACGAAUACCAUCCAGGUUCUUUCAGACAAGCCCAGGUUUCAUUCUCGACUCGCAUUCCUUCCGCGUUCCCCCUGGGCGACUCCAUGAGCAUGUCGACCACUGUGAGUCUUUACAGUACCACACCUUUACUCAAACAUCUGGUCAAAGAUGUAAUUAACAGAGAUAUCUGCAAUCGAGAACCGUGCAAUUUAGCCAGCGUUAAAGAGGAGGACGAGACCAAGUCCGAACAGGAGCAGCCUCAUCAGGAGGAGCAGAACGACACGUCGCCGGCCGUUUCUUUGGUCACCAAACACGAUAACGGCACGUUGAACUUGUGGCAGAUCACGUUCGCGGACAAGAGCAAGUUCAGUCAGGUGCUGAGCAUCGGACACAGGAGCAGAGCUUCUGGCCACAGGUUCAGAGUCAACGACAUCACGUGCCAUCCAGUUUUGCCCUUGUUGCUCACCACCAGCCACCACAACAUCGUCGACCAGAACAAGUGCCAAAGCCAAACAGGCUUUUGCAGCGAGUUAAUCCUGUGGAAGGUAGACGCAGUGGGUCCCUUGUCGAAGUCUGGUGGCAUAUGCGAGUUGGCUAGGAUUAGCUCUCCUGAACCUUCAGCUUUCAGCAACGUGGCUUGGAUACCGACGCUUCUCCCUUCAACGACCCUUGGCAACCUGUCGAAUUCCCCCAGUGCUUGCUUCGUCGCCUCAGACGGGCAAUGCCUCAGAGUUUACCAGGCUGUAAUAGACGCCAGGACGCUGCUGGCGGACUUGUCCUUUAAAGAGAACAGAAGGAACGACGACAACGAGAGUGAGUCCGACUUGUCUUCAAUCAAUCAGGAAAGUCUUCUGGAGAACAUCAACAUUGUUUCCCAGCAAAGCACCUCCAGGCCGGGGUGUAUAAUACAACUAGAGACUAUUUCCGAGGCGAUUCAAUGGCAGAACACCACCUUCCUUCACGUGUAUCAGGAACAAUUAAUCACCGGUAACCGUAGUUCCCCCAUUAACAUAAGUGGGCACGAUGCCAUGGUGGAUUUACAACAACAGGCGAUAUUUGAGGAGCCUUUCUAUAUAGUUCUGUUAGAUUGCACUGAGCAGAACACAAUAAUACACAUGUGGAAGCUGGUCAUUGCUUCAUCAGAUUCGGAGCUGGCUCUGACUGGAAGUCAGAUGUACGUCCCAGAUUGCAUGUUGGUUCAGGACCAGGAAGACUUGUCAAGGAAAAAUAGUAUGGAGUCGUUGCACAUUAAACAGGCUAAAGUCAGCCCCCACAUUAAUAUUGGAGUGACCAGAGAAGUGAAACAGAUUUUACCCAUUCCGGAUGGCGUUGAAAUUGUGCACGCAGCCCCAGCCGCCGGUCACCUAAGCUCAGCUUCAAUCUACCCGGCAUGUUUGGCGCCGUAUUGUUUCGCCACCGCCUGCAGCGACGGCAUAAUCCGCUUCUGGACCGUAUCCACGAACACCACCCAGAUCAAGUCCUUAAGUCACUUGCUGUUGGAGGAAGACGGCGAGAUUGUGAACAAAGGGAAAGUAUGGACCGAAUGGAACAUGGUCAAGGAGUCGGCCAUAGAAAUCGAGGGCCAAGUGCUGAAUAUAAGCGUCGCCUACUCUGGCAGACUUGCCUGUGCUUAUAAAUACGGCAAGAGUUUCACCAGACCGAAUAAAAACGAUCACGAUUCCAGGUACAUAAAUUUGUGCGUGGCUAUUUACGAGUGCGAGUCGACCGGGGGCACCGAAUGGAUCUUGGAAGAUAUUAUACACUUGAAGAACAUCCAUUUGCCUCGCAUAGAUAUUGGACGUCACUUAGACUUGAGUUACUUGUACGACUCCAAGACGUUGAAGAAGAAGCAAAGGAUCAACGAGGUGCUGCACACCUUCUCUGGGGAUGACAGACAAACUAGUCUUGCAACUGAGCCCAACAUUAAACCCACACUUUUAGCCGUGCCCAGCUUCACCACCUUACAGUCGUUGAGGAAGUCCAUUUCGGAAAUGGGCAACAUCUGUCCUUUAACACAGAAACAUAUAGUCCAACUUGAUUGGGUGUCCAACGAGGACGGGUCCCACAUCUUAACCGUGGCAUGUGGAAGCAAAAUUAUGCUCUACACUCCCCUAUCCACGGAUUUGGCCCAAGCCAACGUUAAGGCCAUGAAAGAGUCGAUGAACAACGCAAGACCCAUCUUGAGAAAAGCCAGUUCCUUGGCCCAACCCAUGUUCGUGGACGACUUCAAGUGGAUGACUCUAAGAAAGAUUGAGCUCCAAACAGCCGACGGCCUCCCAGCCCUACCAAUGCAAAUCAGCUGGGUAAGAGACGGCAUCCUCGUCGUCGGUAUGGACUCGGAAAUGCACGUGUACACCCAGUGGAAGCCGCAGAACCAAUCGAUUCAACAGGUGGACGUCACCGAACACGACGGCAGACGAGACAUGGACUUCAGGACGCUGACGCAAGAAAACCAAAGGAAACUGGCCGCCAUUCCCACCUUGGGAAGGAUCAGCUCCGUGAACCUUCAAAUUUUAGACAGGAAGCGAACGAAGGAGGCCAACAUUGAUUACAUGCCCGAUUAUGGACUUUUUGAAGCUUCCAGGAUCGCCUGCCCGGUCCUGCCUCAGUACCACCCCAAACAACUGAUGGAGCUGUUGAAUUCGGGCAAGAUACGUUGGGUCAAAGCCAUUUUAACUCACUUGGUUAAGUGCAUUGGAGGUAAUCAAGAACAGUUGGAGGAUAUGCAAGGUUGGGCAAGGGCAAGAACUUUGUCCGUUAGUUACCCGGCCGGUAGCCCAGAACAUAGAGCCAGCAUUGGAGAAAUCGCCCUAGACUACGACGAGAUUAAUAACAUUCCUCCACUUCCACUUUGGACCCUCCUGGCUGCCGACAAAGAGCAGUCAGCCUCGCAGGAAGAGAAGAAGGACUACAACGAGCUGUUCGACAACAACAUCACCAUGGAGGAGUCCUUGGACACUUUAUUAGAAGACCAAGAAGUGAGCAGAUUGGAAAGACGUCCGUCAGAGCGAAACAUCGGCCUGACCCACUUCACCCCCAAGCAGGGCAGACUCCUUUCCAGAUUGUUGACGCACAUGCACUUGCCAGGACUUUCCAGUUUGGACCAGAUGCACUUGUUGGCCCUCGCUGACACCGUGUCCACCUGCAACAUAGACCUGGCCGAAAGGUUCGCCAUUGACGCCGCCAAGUCGGCCAUGGCCAAGGAGAACCUCAUCGGACAAGGCGAGCAGGUCAUCACGGACAGUUUGGACGAUUGCGGCCUCAGGUUCCUCCUCGCUAUGAAACACUACAGCUAUCUGCUUAGAUGUUUGCCAUUAGCGCAAAGGUCGCAAUUCCAAAAGAACGGCGUCGGCAUGAACAACCUGGCCUGGGCCUACCACUCGGAAAGUCAGGAGGAGCUGCUAAAUCUAAUCCCCAGCUACGCCAAAGGCGAACCGACGUGGACGCAGCUGCGUGAGCUGGGCGUCGGCUGGUGGAUCCGGAAUCAAAACCUGCUCAGGCAGUGCGUGCAAGUGCUGGCGAAGGCCGCCUACCAAUCCAAACAAGACCCAAUGGACGCCGCCCUGUACUACCUGGCGAUGAACAAGAAGAACUUGCUGUGGGGCUUGUACAGGUCGAAGCGUGACGAACGCAUGACGGAGUUCUUCUCGCACAACUUCGCUGAGGACCGUUGGAGGAAGGCGGCCCUGAAGAACGCUUACGCCCUUCUGGGUAAGCAGAGGUUCGAACACGCCGCCGCCUUCUUCCUUCUGGCUGGUAACCUUAAAGACGCGGUGGAAAUUUGCCUGAACAGGCUGCAGGACUUCCAGCUGGCUAUUAUAAUCGUGCGUCUGUAUGAAGGUGACGAAGACUACCUUAAGAAGCUGCUCUACGAACACAUAUUGGGUUGUGACCCGAACGGCGAGAACCAAGACAUGACCAGAGCUCAUCCAGAUCCGUUUCUGCGCUCCAUGGCUUUGUGGACGCUGAAGCAGCACCAGGCGGCGCUCAGCACGCUUCUGAUAGGCAACGCCGGCACCCAACAUCCGGCCCACGAGGAAGAGGCUAGGGAAACCAAGGAGGCGGACCCCAAUGUUUUCAAUUUCUACGUCUAUCUGCGCACGCACCCGCUGCUAGUGCGGCAACACUUGGCCAACUACGGGAAGAGGAAGGUGUGGCUACCCGGUGGUAAGCAGGUGGUCGUUGAGGACUCCAUAACUCCCCUAGAGAGGCAGUUGUACUUUGCUACGGCCCACGGCCACUUCAGGGCCGGUUGUCCGGCUUUGGCUUUGGAGGUCUUGUCCAAGUUGCCCUACGUUGUUUCGGAGAAGAACAACACACCAGUGGUUUCCCCCAAAGAACUGAAGAAAGGCGAGGACGUUAAAGAAGAAAUAUCAACUGGGAUAUUGUCGUGGGAUCAGCCGAAGGAGCCCGAAAAGGCGACCGACUUUGAUUGGGGCACCACCACCACCGACUUCAGAGUUAAAACCGACGACUUUGAAUUGAAGUGGAGUGACGACGAGGGCGAGAAAUCGGACAGUUCCGAAGACGGACUGAAAAUGAAAAUUGGUGGCAACGACAAAGAGGAGGAGGAAGUCAUCGAAGAGGACGAAGAAGAUGCGGAGGAAAAAGUCGAUAUAAUGGCACAACAAUUGAAAUUCGUCGCUUGUCUUAAGAUUUUAAUGGAAGAACUGUCGACGUUGGCUACAGGCUUUGAAGUUGAUGGAAUUUCAGGCUCACGGUUCAAAUUUGGUUCCAAUCUGCUUCAACAACAGUACAGUAAUCAACAAGUAGCAUGUGGCCAGCUACGCUACCAACUCUACAUCUGGCUGGAGAAAGAAGUGGAGGCCUUAAGAGAACUAUGCAACUACGUCACAACCGAGGCGACCGAACCGUCCGACCUGGAGCAAAGCCCGGAGCCGGAGAGCACGGAAGUGAGCAACGCCAAGCCCACCCUGCAUGAAAUUUUAAUACAAGAAAAGUUGGACUUCGAGGCUAAGGUCCAAAGGGCGGCCAAAAGGAAACGAUGGCUCAGAGCGAACGAAACGCUGCUGAGGACGUUGCUGAGCUACUGUUCGUUACACGGAGCCACUGGCGGCCUGGCUUCGGUCAGGAUGGAGCUGGUGUUGCUGCUGCAGGAGUUGCAGCAGGAGAAAACGAAUCAGCAGUUACUCAGCCCCUUGCCCUUCCCUACUAGUCUGCCGUUGUUGGCUGCCAGCGUGGCUAGUUGUAAAACGGUCGUGGCCGACCCCAUCAGAUACCUCCAGUGUCUGACGCAGGAUAUGCUGCAAACUAUGGUGGAGCUGCCACAGCCCAGCACGUCACAAAGCCAGUUAAUAGUCCUGAGGGACCUGGCAGUUGCUCUGUCCGCCUGCAUUUAUCAAUCACUAUGUGAUUCCGACACCUUCAAAAGCAACCUACAAGACUCACAAGAACUGUGCUCCACUCACCUGGUGGGCAGGAGGCGCAGAAUGUCGGUGAGCGAAGGACAACAAAUAAUAACUUUGCCCCAAAAGUGGCCGGGCGUCACCAGCUUGCGCUCACUAUUGGCCAGGGAAAAGGACGAGGACACGCCCCGUUUGACUGUGAUGUUGUGCGAGGCGUUCACCGCCACCUACUUGGCGCUGCUGUUGUACGGCCUUGCCACCUGCGACUGCGUCAUACUGUUCCACGUUACCGGACACGCCUUCAACCAGGAAGUGUGGGGGAAGUUGUUCGGCGGAGGGAUAAAGAAGCUGUUACGCACGGCAAGUUUGAGUGGUGGCAACACUAACGUGCCCCUGAACCCACCCUCCGGCACUCCCACGGAAGAAACCAGCGGUCCCACGCAGUGGCUCAACAAGCAAAGGGUCAAACUAAACACCAAACUUUUAGGACAUCAGCCCUCUUUAAUGAAGGAAGACAAGCCGACGUACAGGGAGCAAUUUGUCCCACCCGAAAUGAGCAUACUUGCCUUCUUACUGCAAAAACCUGAAGGUGGAACGUACUGCGACGAAGUUGAGAGCGAGAACGAAGACAGCGAAGAUGAGGACGUGUUUGAUGUUCCCACAACAACAAAAACUGUCAACAACGAACACUCAGACCCCAACUCAUACUCGUGGUUGGUGUUGAAGCUGGCCACCGUAAAAAUGGUCCAAACACGGAUACACGACUUUUUGGCCGUGGCAAGUUUAGAAUUGUCAGAACUUCCAGUAGCCAGCCCGCUGAUCCACAUCGCUUUGCGUAAGCUAUCCCUGUGGCAGGACAACCUCAGAAGGGAGCUGGACUGCAGACAAGCUCCGCCGGAGUACAUCCCCGGAUGUUUCGUGGAGAACACCACGACCGGACCGGCCAUCCAAAAAUACAGGCAACUUCUGGAGCCACACAACACACCGUUCACCAACAAAAGCUCCGCCAGCUCGGCCCGUUUCCUGUGGACCUAUCUGGUGCACCAGGAGCCCGUGCAAGACAUCUUCAUCAGAGCGGUCUUCGGCAAGAGGAGGUCUCUGAGCGUGAUAGACGAGGUGAUACCGCACCCCGAACCCGCCAUCGAACCCGUACGAAUCAUCCACAAGGAACAAGACUCGAUCGCCGCCUUCAGCUUGAACCAGGUGAACAACGGUCAGAUCGUGGUGGCGACGCCGCGCGAGCUUCAGGAGAUGGAGAUCUCCUUGCUGUUGGAGCUGCCCGCUUGGCUCGAGGACGAGUGCGAACUGGACAUACUGAAUUUGAACAAGGAGGUGCUCGACCCGACCGUGCCGCCGUUCCUCGUCAUCCAGAGUACGGGCGAUAAAGAGAAGACGACGCAGCCUGGUAGUCCGCAGUCUGGCAUUGCGGGACAAAGCGGACGCGGCACCAGCGUGAUGAAGGGGUUAAGCUUCCCAGGCUGUCAUGAUGCCAAUUUUGUCCACCUCGUUCUGCUUCGGUCGGCGCACAUGCUUCGACCGAUUCUUAAGCAUAAAGUUGACGGUGUCAGGAGGAUAACUUCCCAUCCGUUGCUGCCGUUAUACUUAACGGGAGGCACCGAUGGUUCAGUCCACCUGUACGAAUGGGGCCACGAACACCCCGUGGCGAUACCGCGUCCGCCCGGCACCUACGCCAAGGUGACGAGGGUGCGAUUCUCGCAGCACGGCAACAAGUUCGGCGUCGCCGACUCCGAUGGCAACUUGAGUCUGUUCCAGGUCGGCCUCAGCGCCAACGCGACCCGACCGUUCUUUACCUCCCUGUUCCAGACGCUGCAGUGCCACAACAAGGGCAUCAGCGACUUCGUGUUCCUCGGCUCGUGCAGCCUGCUGGCCACCGCCGGCCACAGUUCCGAGAGCAAGAACGUGUGCAUCUGGGACUCGAUACUGCCGCACGGCAAGGCGCUGGUGGUGGCGUUCACGUGCCACGACCAGGGCUCGAGCAGUCUGGUGUUCGCGCCCCAGCACCAGGUGCUGAUAUCGGCCGGCAAGAAGGGUGACGUGUGUCUGAUCGACGUGCGGGCCCUGUCGAUACGGCACAAGUUCCAGGCGCACGAGAGUGCCGUCAAGUGCAUCGCCAUUGAUCCGCACGAGGAUUACUUCGCCACCGGUUCGGCUGAUGGUGAUAUCAAGAUUUGGGGAGUGACGGUCCCGAGCGUGCUUCUGGCCCUCCCGGCCGAACACUCCAAGAGCAGCUUCUUCAAGAACAUCGGGUCGGGUGUGACGCAGCUGCACAUCGACUCGCACGGCAGAUUGUUUUCGUGCGGCGCCGACGGCAGCAUGAAAGUCAGGCAGCUGCCCGACAGAGAAACCCUUCUCAACCACCAUAGUAAAUAAGUGAUUGUAAAGCUUGUCGUUUCCUCUUAACACUAUUCCUCUUUAAUAAGCAUAAAUCUUUUUAAUGAACAGUGCAGUAUAAUAUAUUCAAAAUGUUUAAUUAUUAACAUAACUGAUUAUUGUGUAAAAAUGAUUGUCUUACUAAUUAACCACAUAUUGUUGUAUGUAAUAUAAAAUAUACCAAAUAUAUUUAAUCCUAUUGUACUUUAUAAAAUUUAAUAAUAUUAAUAUAUUAUAUUAUGCAUUGUUGCUAAUUUAAUUAAAUUGUUCAAUAUUUUUAUAGUUUGUUAUUCAAUUGACUGUUCCGCAUUGUAUUAUGUUUAUUUGUUGAUAACUAAUAUAAAUCUAAAAUAUGCAAUAACCUUGUAAAUGUGAUUUGUAGUAUUUUAGAAAUAGUACCAUGUAAUUUUAAUUGUAAUGUUAUAUGUAUAAUAAAUUAUGUCAAAGGUUA